AUGGCUGGCCAUCCAGAACCCAUUAUCAUGAAUGAAUCGCCCGUUGCUUCGGGGGACAUGAAGCAAGACAGAAGGAUGAGUGACGAGUGGGACGCCUCCAAGGUACCCCCAAGCCGUUUUCAGAAGCGCCGAGGCUCUAUCUAUGCGACCCCCAGUUCACGUGAUGGGCAUGUCGACAAGAACUAUCAGGAAAAGUUCCAUGCUAAGAUUGCUGAAAUGAACUCUAAGAAGUCGAAGCCGAAGUCGAAGUAG